GAUGCUGUCUGCACCACGGCGGACUGCACUCAGUCAGGUAAAUACACUAACACACACACACACACACACACACACACACACACAGGUAGAAUAUGAGCUGUAUUUGUCUGUCUGCAGCAUCUCGUCUGAUAGAGAACAUGGAUGCCAAUGUGGACCCGUGUGACAACUUCUACCAGUACGCCUGUGGAGGCUGGUUGAAGAAGAACAUCAUCCCAGAGACAAGCUCCCGGUACAGCACCUUCGACAUCCUACGAGAUGAACUGGAGGUGGUCCUCAAAGGUUAGAGACACACACACACACAGACUCAUAAUAUUUUGCUAGGAAGCUGAAUGUGUGUCCAGGUCAGAGAAGUUUUGUAGCGUGGCGUGGUUUGAAUUCAGUGAGUUUGCCAGGGAGGUGUGAGUGAGUGAGGGCUAGUUUUGGAUCUGUUGGCCAGGGAGGUGUGAGAGGGGGGCUAGUUUUGGAUCUGUUGGCCAGGGAGGUGUGAGAGGGGGCUAGUUUUGGAUCUGUUGGCCAGGGAGGUGUGAGAGGGGGCUAGUUUUGGAUCUGUUGGCCAGGGAGGUAUGAGAGGGGGCUAGUUUUGGAUCUGUUGGCCAGGGAGGUGUGAGAGGGGGCUAGUUUUGGAUCUGUUGGCCAGGGAGGUGGAAGUGAGGCUAGGUUUGGUGUUGUUGGAGGAUUUACUGGGGUUAAAGCAGCUUGUCCUUCAGGGAAAGAUAGGGGCUCUAGGAAUAGUCACCGGUGUUAAUGGGGGCAUCUAUCUGCAGCGUUUACUGUGAAUGCAGUCUCAGCCAACGCAGUAACAUUUCUUUUAAAAGGUGCGUAGAGGACAACGCGCCAUCUGAUGAAAUCCUGGCCUUAGAAUAGUCGGAGGCCUUUAACACCAUCUCGUAAGCUCCAUCUUGACAGUGGAUUUACAGGAAGGCACCCUUACACCUGGAGGGGUGGGUGGAGGUGGGGGGCUGGGAGGUCUGUCUAUGUCCCUGCAUGUGUGUCAAAUCGAAUCAAAUUUUAUUUGUCACAUGCGCCGAAUACAAUAGCUGUAGACCUUACCGUGAAAUUCUUACUUACAAGCCCUUAACCAACAAUGCAGAAUUUUUUUUUUAAAGUAAGAAAAUAUUUGCAAAAAAAAUAAUAAUACAAAUUAAAUAAACUAAAGUAAGAAAAUAAGAAUCACAAUAACGAGGCUAUAUACAGGGGGCAGGUAGCCUAGUGGUUAAGAGCGUUCGGUCAGUAACCUAAAGGUUGUUGGUUCGAAUCCCGAGCCGGAAAAUCUGUUGAUGUGCCCUUCAGCAAGACACGUAACCCUAAUUGCUCCUCUAAGUCGCCCUGGAUAAGAUCCUCUACUAAAUGACUAAAAUGUAAAAAUGUGCGGAGGUACAGGUUAGUUGAGGUAUUAUGUACAUGUAGGUAGGGAUAAAGUGACAAUGCUUAGAUGAUAAACAGCAAGUAGCACCAGCGUAAAAAAGUGGGUCGACGCAAAUAGUCUGGGUAGCCAUUUGAUUAAUUGUUUAGCAGUCUAAUGGCUCGGGGAUAGAAGCUGUUAAGGAGCCUUUUGGACCUUGACUUGGCAUGCCGGUACCGCUUGCCGUGAGGUAGCAGAGAGAACUGUCUAUGACUAGGGUGGCUGGAGUCCUUGACAAUUUUUAGGGCCUUCCUCUGACACAGCCUGGUAUAGAGGUCCUGGAUGACAGGACGCUUGGCCCCAGUAAUGUACUGGGCCGUACGCACUACCCUCUGUAGUGCCUUGUGGUCAGAGGCAGAGCAGUUGCCAUACCAAGCGGUGAUGCAACCAGUCAGGAUGCUUUCAGUGGUGCAGCUGUAUAACUUUUUGAGGAUCUGAGGACCCAUGCCAAUCUUUUCAGUCUCCUGAGGGGGAAUAGGUGUUAUCGUGCCUUCUUCUUGACUGUCUUGGUGUGUUUGGAACAAUAAUAGUUUGUUGGUGAUGUGGACACCAAGGAACUUGAAGCUCUCGACCCGCUCCACUACAGCCCCGUCGAUGUGAAUGGGGGCGUGCUCUGACCCCUUUUCCUGUAGUCCACGAUCAGCUCUUUUGUCUUGCUCACGUUGAGGGAGAGGUUGUUGUCCUGGCACCACACUGCCAGGUCUCUGACCCUCCCUGUAGGCUGUGUCAUCAUUGUCGGUGAUCAGGCCUACCACCGUUGUGUCGUCGGCAAACUUAAUGAUGGUGUUGGAGUCGUGUGUGGCCACGCAGUCGUGAGUGAACAGGGAGUACAGGUUGGGACUAGGCACGCAUCUCUGAGGGGCCCCCUUUGUUGAGGAUCAGCGUGGCAGAUGUGUUGUUGCCUACCCUUACCACCUGGGGGCAGCCCGUCAGGAAGUCCAGGAUCCAGUUGCAGAGGGAGGUGUUGUAGUCCCAGGGACCUUAGCUUAGUGAUGAGCUUUGAGGGCACUAUGGUGUUGAACGCUGAGCUGUAGUCACCGAACAGCAUUCUCACAUAGGUGUUCCUUUUGUCCAGGUGGUAAAGGGCAGUGUGGAGUGCGAUGGAGAUUGCUUCCCAGCCAAAACAGUUUGGAAGAGUUCGUGCAUAGUAUUAUUAUAUACAGUAUUAUUCAUUUUGGACUUCGGUGAGGGUUCUUUCGGCUGUUCGCGUGCACCACACAUUUCUCUAAUAGCCGGUUCAUUUUGGUCCAGUGGUCUUCAAAGUCUUGUGUAUUCCGAGAGACGACUCUUUUCAUGCCAUUUUUCAUUGAGAAAUUCGUGCACCAAAUUAUGUUAAGAUCUGUCUCUCCUCUUCUUCUCAUCGCGUCCUCUUUUGGUCCCUGCUUCCUCAUGCUUCUUCCUCUCCACUGCUUCUCCACUUCUUCUCCACUUCUUCUCCACUUCUUCUCCACUGUUCUCUCCCUUCUCUCCUCUCCUCCUCUCGCUUCUUCCUCUGUCUUCUUCACUGCUUCUCCACUGUUUCUCCACUGCUUCUUCACUGUUUCUCUCACUGCUUCUCCUCCGCCUUUCCUCCUCUCUUUCUAUCUCUUCAAGUCUCAAGUAUCUGUGGUUAACUUGUAUGGCUUUUUAAAGCGUACUGUAAAUCAGCGGUAGAGUACUCUUGGGGGGUCCAAAUUUGUCUGAGUGAAUAGGCAUGAUUGUCCACUGCCAAAGCCUGAUUAAAUUGGUGUCUGUGAGUGUUUGAUUCUCAGGUUUAUGUCUCUGAUUUGAAUUACAGUAAUCAGUCUCCACACUUUCUCUAUCACACGUCAUUAUCACCAGAACAAUGCUGUCCCAAAAAAAUCCCACCCUGUUAACAGACGGGUAUGUGUCAUCGAAUAACAGUUAAGGUUAAGACAAAAUUCACAGGAACGUAACCUGUAUGAAAAGGUAAGAGGUGCAAAAUAAGGUUGUGUUAGUUUGUCCUUCCUGUCCUGAUGGUCUAAUCUUCUGCUGUGGCACACUGAAUCCACGUGGUGUUUUUCAGGCCGGAUCAAAUUGAGUGAUGAAACGCGCUUUGUGCCAAAGGAAGAAUAUUGCGUUUCAUAUCCUGACUGACAGAGAUGUGUGUGCUGCCAUGUCUGUGGGGGUUUUUCUGGUUUCUAUCACAUCCUGUAGUAACUAGUCAGUCAGGCUCCAUGGUAACUAGUCAGUCAGGCUCCAUGGUAACUAGUCAGUCAGGCUCCAUGGUAACUAGUCAGUCAGGCUCCAUGGUAACUAGUCAGUCAGGCUCCAUGGUAACUAGUCAGUCAGGCUCCAUGGUAACUAGUCAGUCAGGCUCCAUGGUAACUAGUCAGUCAGGCUCCAUGGUCCUGAGGUCAAGUGUCCUGCCUGGUCAACAUAUCCUGUAUCUUUUAACAGCUGCCUGCAGGGAGCUGCGCUGGCCACACCUGGACAGCCACUCACAUCCGGUGUUAACAGCAGUAAAUAACCUGUACUGUAUCUGUAUGUGUGUAGGCCUAAGUGUGUGCGUGGGUUUGCGGCCCCUCAUAAAUGCCUCACAUUGUUCUCCACUGCAAUAAAAAGUCCUAAAGGCGCCCACGUACUAGGUUCGGUCCGCUUGGCUAUGGCGACGCGAACGUCUGUGCCUCGCAUACUCCCUUAAAAGACCUUCGCUUAAAUAAAAGGAGUGGCAAUAUUACCGUUUGUCCCUCCUUGAGACACCGUAGUAACAACAUAGCCAGUAUACACUUCCUCAAAAUAGUGUGAAUUAAUCUAAAGAUAAAUAAUAAUUUAGACGUUUCUGCUGAGGAGGUCUUAGUCGUGCAAUUUUACAUCUAACUAAGAUGUUUGGUCCAGUAUUUCUCAAGAUAAAGAAUGUGCAUGAAAACUACUCAUCUCUCAUUUAAUGACAACAAGUUCCCAAAGGGAACUCGGUUUGGUCUGCACUGUGACCCGAAUUAAUACACUAGGCCUAUAGGCUAAGCCUACGCUGCAUUGCACGCCUCUUGAGUAAAUCUGAGCUGAAAAAAACAUUUCCGUUAAAACUAGAGCCUUCAUCUUAAUUUUAAAACAAUUGUGUGCUUGAACAGCUGAAAAAACUAAUGCCGAACACCAAAACUAACAAAAAGUACAACAUCUUGUCAUAAUAUAUGCGCAAACUGUUUUGAUGGGGUUAAUGAGGCACUGCUCUUGGCUCUUAACCACAGCUGUGUGUGGGAGGGACAGUUUUCCACCUCUCUCUUUGUUUCAGGUAUGGCAUACUCUGCAAUAAUUUGCCCAAUUGACUGUGAGCUUUUUAAUUAUACCUUGUUUGUGCCGAAGGGAAGAGGGGGGGAAAUGGGAAGGAGGGAGAGAGGCUGGUGCAAGUCCAAAAGAGAGAAAUGUAGAAAGAUGUGGAUCAACUUAGAGAAAGGGAGAGGGAUGGAGGUGAGGAAAUGGGAGGUGACGUGGUUGUGAUCUCUGUGGGAAGGUCUAAGUGAUACUGCACUGUAUGACUGCUGUGACAGACAUUAAAGGGAAACAGAUCUACUCACUGCUUAUGGGACAUCUGGGAAAGACAGACAUUACAUUGAGACACUGUGUCGACAGACAGACAGACAGACAGACAGCUGUGACAUCACAAGGUUCAGCGGGGUCUGUCAAUCAGACGGCAGUGGCAUCAGAGGGUCACACAAUGGCCGUGUUCGAGAGCAUCAAAUCCAUGAUGCAUUGGUGACUGACUGAUCUACACAUACUGAGUAGGUAUUCAUGAUGCUAGGUGAUUUGUAAGUCAGUCGCCUGCACUGUCGGCUGCCAUGUCAAAUAAGCCCAAUGUCUGUCAGUGACAUCACAAAGGCUCAGACAAAAUGUCUGUCAGACAGACAGCUGUGACAUCAGAGGGUUAGACAGAGGGCGCGUUCUAGCGGAUCACUUCUGUCAAGUGGUCACCGCCUUUCAAAGUGUGUUGCAUCAUGGUUAUAAAAAAUGGUCCGACUUGCGCCUACAUGUCGACUGCAUGAACUUUACAAAAAUAAUGUGAUCAAAGGUCAUGCAGUUUUUGACCUGCAUUGUGGGAGGCACUAUUUGUCGCUAGCACAGACUGGAAUAUGUUCCAGGAUUCAUCUGAUGGCAUUAAGGAGUAUACCACAUCAGUCACCGGCUUCAUUAAGUGCAUUGAUGACGUCGUCCCCACAGUGACCGUAAGUACAUAUCCCAACCAGAAGCCAUGGAUUACAGGCAACAUCUGCACUGAGCUAAUGGCUAGAGUUGCCUCUUUGAAGGAGCGGGACACCAAUCCGGACGCUUAUAAGAAAUCCUGCUGCACCCUCAGACGAACCAUCAAACAGGCAAAGCGUCAAUAAAGGACUAAGAUUAAAUCCUACAUCACCGGCUCUGACCCUUGUCGGGUCACAAAGGGAAACCCAGUCACGAGCUGCCCAGUGACACGAGCCUACCACACGAGCUAAAUGCCUUCUAUGCUCGCGUCGAGGCAAGCAACACUGAACCAUGCAUGAGAGCACCAGCUGUUCGGGAUGACUGUGUGAUCACUCUCUCCUUAGCCAAUGUGAGUAAGACCUUUUUAAACAGGAUAACAUUCACAGACUGAUUACCAGGACGCAUAGCAUGCACUGACCAGCUGGCAAGUGUCUACACUGACAUUUUCAACCCCUCCCUGACCCAGUCUGUAAAACCUACAUGUUUCAAGCCGACCACCAUAGUCCCUGUGUCCAAAAACACCAAGGUAACCUGCCUAAAUGACUUCCGCCCUGUAGCACUCACAUCUGUAGCUGUGAAAUGCUUUGAAAGUCUGGUCAUGGCUCACAUCAACACCAUAAUCCCAGAAACCCUGGACCCACUCCAAUUCGCAUAAUGCCCCAACAGAUCCACAGAUCAUGCAAUCUCUAUUGCACUCCACACUGCCCUUCCCCACCUGGACCAAAGGAACACCUACGUGAGAAUGCUGUUUGGUGACUACAGCUCAGCAUUCAACACCAUAGGGCCCUCCAAAGCUCAUCAAUAAGCUAAAGGACCCUGGGACUAAACACCUCCCUCUGCAACUGGAUCCUGGACUUCCUGACGGGCCGCCCCCAGGUGGUGAGGGUAGGCAACAACACAUCCGCCAUGCUGACCCGCAACAUGGGGGGCCCCUCGGGUUCAUGCUUAAUGUCCUCCUGUACUCCUUGUUCACCCACGACUACGUGGCCAAACACGACUCCAACACCAUCAUUAAGUUUGCCGAUGACACGACGACGGUAGGCCUGAUCACCGACGAUGAUGAGACAGCCUAUAGGGAGGAGGUCAGAGACCUGGCAGUGUGGUGCCAGGACAACAUCUUCUCCCUCAACGUGAGCAAAACAAAGGAGCUGAUUGUGGACUACAGGAAAAGGAUGGCUGAGUACACCCCCAUUCACAUUGACAGGGCUGUAGUGGAGCGGGUCGAGAGCUUCAAGUUCCUUGGUGUCCACAUCAUGGUCCAAACACACACAGUCGUGAAGAGAGCAUGACGCCUCAGGAGGCUGAAAAGAUUUGUACAGCUGCACCAUCGAGAGCAUCCUGACUGGUUGCAUCACCGCUUGGUAUUUUUAUUUUUAUUUAUUAUAAUUCUUUGCGCUGACUCUCUUGCACAGGCUCGAUGUACACUCACUGGACCCUAACCACACACCCACGCAUACUAUACUGACACUCCAACACACACACACACGGACACACACUUGGGCUUCCUUUAGGCUUACCUCUCAAACACACCCAGAAUGUUUUUCAGUCAGACAUCUUAUGACAUCACAAAGGAUGUGAGAGAAUGGGCGCGUUCCUCUGCCCAGGCAUUGAUGACCCAUGCCAGAUCUUACAAUGCCUGGAUAGGUGUUUUACGUGCAGCUAACCACAUAUGUUUAUAGCAAUCCGUCAGUCGAUGACACAGUCGUUGGUGUGGCACGCAACCAUUGGUUGAUGCAUACAACGUCUAAGCAGGGGAAAGCGACCAAUAGAUGCAGUAAAGAGGUCAAUGGAACGCAGGAUAGAAGGAUGCCGGAUUGGAGCACAUUCAACAAACCUGAUCUAACAAAGUGGAUAUUCGUAAAGUCUGUCAUGAUUUGAUUGUAUAGUUACAGACCCACUAUGUUGUUACUAAAGUCCGAUUUGGAUAUAUAUGGCUGUUUUCGCUGCAUAACAUUAAGAAGUUGUCCCUUUUUUUCAGGUUUAGAAGUGACUGCUAAAUGCUAACUCCCCAUUCGUAUAAGCUGCUAGCGUACAGAAAUCGGUGGUGGUGGUCAGUUGUUUUUAACUGUAAUGCAGUAGAUUGGUGACUGACACAUGUAUUGGGUUUGACAUCCAUACAAGCAUUAUACUCCGAUUUUAACCACCACAUGGUGUGAAAUACACAUUUUAAAACAAUAGCAUACAUGCUGGGGGGCAAUGAAGAGACUCGGGAUCUUUGCCGCACAGGAUCUUUUCCCACGCGUUUCCAUGGCACUUCAAUCAAAGCCAACCAAAACAAUUUGAUCUCUUUACCGCGUGUUUGUCUGUCAGGCAUCUUAUGACAUUACAAAGGGGUUAGAAAGAAUGUCUCUAAGUCAGACAUGACAUCAUAGAGGGUCAAACAGCACUAAGUCAGAAGUCAAGUCAGACGGAUCUGUGCUCCGUGUUCAGCUUGUCGGCAAUACUGCAGUUGUUCCCAGUGUUCUGUACCCUAGUUGAGUCCGUGUGGUGGAUGUGAGGGCAUAGACUCUGCAUGGUCGUACCCUGUUGUCGUGUGGGAUGUGGGGUAGACUCUGCAGUGUCUGUACCCUAGUGAUCCGUGUGGUGGAUGUGAGGGCAUAGACUCUGCAGUGUCUGUACCCUAGUUGAGUCCGUGUGGUGGAUGUGAGGGCAUAGACUCUGCAGUGGUCUGUACCCUAGUUGAGUCCGUGUGGUGGAUGUGAGGGCAUAGACUCUGCAGUGGUCUGUACCCUAGUUGAGUCCGUGUGGUGGAUGUGAGGGCAUAGACUCUGCAGUGGUCUGUGUUGAAUAAUGUACAGCUCUAAUAUUACAGUAUAUUGCCUGGGUCUGACGGACAUUUACAUGGAGGAUUGGGCUGGGGGAACACACUUCCUUUUGUUUCCUUUUUUUUUUUUAUCAGGAGGGGGGCCUGAUUUUGGGGCCAAUGGGUCACUUUUUUAAAUUUGUGUCCUACAGCAUCAGUGGCCCUUUAACCAAACCCCCCAUAUUGAAACCCAAACACAAAAACCCCCUUUUAAACCCCCAUGGGUUUCCUCCCAGACCUUAAAAGAUUCCAACAAAACUUUUCAAUUAGGGAAUUUAAACUUUGCCCACAAAGGUGGGGAAAAAGAAAGAGAAGACCCCAAAAAAGAGGGGAAGAAAAAAAAGGGGUUCGCUCUCCCGGCUCCCUCCCCCUCCCCCCCUCUCUCUCGCUCUCUCUCCUCUCCCCUAUCUUCCUCUCUCCCUCUCUCGCCCUCUUUUCCCCUUCUCCUCUUCCUCCUCUCCCUCCUCCCCCUCCCUCCCUCCCCUCUCUCCCCCUCUCCCUCCCCCGCUCUCCCUCCUCCCCUUCUUCUCUCCUCUCUCUCCCCUCCUCCUCCUCCCCCUCUCCCUCGCGCCUCUCCUCCUCGCUCCCCCUCUCUCCCCCUCUCUCUCUCUCCCUCCCCCUUCUCUUCUCCUCUGCUCUCUCGUCCUCUUCUCCUCCCUUUUGGGCCCCCCUUCUCCUCGUUUCUUCUCUCAUCGCUCUCUCGCUCUCUCGUACUCUCUGCUCUCUCUUCGGCUCUCGUCUCUUCGGCCUACUGUAGAGAAUCUCGCAGAUUCCCCCUCUGGCAAUGGGGGCCUUCUUCUUCCUACUGUGGUCCUCUGUAGCUCAGCUGGUAGAGCACGGCGCUUGUAACGCCAGGGUAGUGGGUUCGAUCCCACCGAUACACAAAAAAAUGUAUGCACACAUGACUGUAAGUCGCUUUGGAUAAAAAAGCGUCUGCUAAAUGGCAUUUAUUAUUAUUACCGCUACUAGUGCAUGUGGGAAUGACCUCAGAUUUAAAGCGUUGUUUUUACCCUGCUUUUUCUGUGAUGUUUCUCAAUGUUUUCUAUGUGGUGAAAAGCAGUGGUGCCAGCAGACAUACGUCUCCAUGGCCUGGGGUCUGGCUGGCUUCUGUCUGGUCUGGAGAGACCUGUUACGGUCUCUCUGAGGGGGACAUUCUCUGUCCUCCAAACACAGCUCACAUGCUCCAUGUUACUCACAACACUCGCAGCUGAACUGAUCUUUCGUCCCCCCCCCCCCAUUGUAGAUGUUCUGGAGAGAACCGUGGAGGGGGAGGCCAGUGCCCUCACUAAAGCCAAGACCCUCUACAGAUCCUGCACCAAUGAGAGUGAGUCUGCUGGUCUGUUUUGUUGGGGUUCAAUUACAUUUAAAUUCAGUCAGUCAUUUCAGUCCAAUUAGUUGUCUACCUUUUAAGCUGUGAGUUAACCUUGGUCACUUCGUGUGUGUUUUUUUCCCCCCUCUGAAGGUCAGAUUGAGAAAAGGGGCGGAGCUCCUCUACUAGACAUGCUCCCUAAUGUAUUUGAGUGGCCAAUAGCUACAGACAACUGGGAGACUGACUAUGGUAAACUACAUUAUACACUUCUACCACUGUUUCCUACACCCAUUUUUUGUUUACCUAUCCACAACCCAAUCCAAUUCAAUCCUCCUCUGUCCUCUCCUCUUCUCCUACAUAGGUAACACAUGGAAGUUGGAGGAUGCCAUUGCCAGACUAAAUGAGAAAUACGGAACUCAUGUCUUGGUUAAUUUUUUUAUCGGCACUGAUGACAAAGACUCCAUUCACCAUCAGUUCAUGAGGUGUGCCUAUAUAGUGGUCACAUGCCAAUGGAGACAGCUAACCCAUCACAGAUAGGUGUCACGACGCAUUGUGAGCAGUUCACCAUACAUGAUAGUUACAGAGCACUGCAGCAGAUAUCCCAUCACAUAUAGUUACAGCGACUGGAGACAGCUUAUCCCCAUUCACUGAUUUUUCACACUGGAGAAGCUAUAUAGCAAAGGCUGUAGUUACACCACAUGAGACAGCUCCUAGCCUUAUCACAUAUAGUUACAGACAACGAGACAAGCUAUGCCCAUACAUAUACACCUGACACUGUCCUAACCCAUUUCUUCAUGAUAGUUAAACCAACAAUUAACACAGCUAUACCCCUCCAGUUGUUACAGAAACAUGGAACAGUGAUCCAUCACAUGCAGUUACAAAUGGAGACAGCUAUACACCCAUUCCAUGGAUAGUUUACAGGACACAUGGACAAGCUUACCCAUCACAUAUAUUCAGUAGCACUGGACAAGCUAUACCCCAUCACAUGAUAGUUACAGACACAUGGAGACAGCUAUACCCCAUCACAUGAUAGUUACAGACACAUGGAGACAGCUAUACCCCAUCACAUGAUAGUUACAGACACAUGGACACAGCUAUACCCCAUCACAUGAUAGUUACAGACACAUGGACACAGCUAUACCCCAUCACAUGAUAGUUACAGACACAUGCUCUUUUAAUAAUUUGUUACUUUUAUUAUGUAUUAUUUUAUUGUAUUCUAUAUUGUGUUUUUUGUUGGUAUUUUGGUAUUCUUUCUUAAAACUGCAUUGUUGGUUAAGGGCUUGUAAGUAAGCAUUUCACCUGUUGUAUUCGGCACACGUGACAAAUAAAAUUUAGAUUUUAUGAUAAUUACAGACACAUGAACACACCUAUACCCCUUCACAUGCACCCUUUAACCCUCUCUCGGGUAGGGAUUUAGUGUACCUAUUUGCUCAAUAAACUACUGUAACUCUAUUGUAUACCUUAAAUCGUAACCUUUGCAGUGUUAAGUAUUCACACACUGAACUCUCUGAACCUCCUACAGCAUCGAUACAUGCUCUGACUCGUGACACACAUCCAUCUACAUGUACUUACCAAACCUUAUUACAUGUCCACGAAUGAGCCACUGUAUUCCUUAAGUGUCCUGUUCAGUUUUCCAGUCAUCACAACUAUCAAACGAUGCAGGUUUCUGACCCAUGAAUGUUAUGGAUAGGCUUUAUGGUCCAGGCGUUUAUGGUUCAGUGAGUGUAUUGGCUUUCUCGUGCUGUUGAAUGAAUGGCUGCUUGUGACCUGAUAUUUUUUUUUUUUUUCUCCUGCCAGUUUGACCAGCAAACCAGUCUUGGCCUCUUAUCCAGAGAUUACUAUACCUGCACUGGGCCUUAUGCAGAGGUAGGCCUUUGCCCGCUAAUUACGCACACACAUGCACACCCACAUACAUCGACGAUAUCGACACUAUUUCUCUGUCUGGAGCUGUAGGAGGAAAUUAGUUAUCUGGCCGGGUAUGUCGGGUUCUGGGUUUCCUGUUGUUCUGUUCGCUGGUCCAUCCAUCCAGAACACAUAACAACCACAACAGCAUAGACUCCAAGCCCUCUGCAUCAGUUUAGCAUAAGAUCAACAUCCUCUCUAGAUCAUUAUGCUGGCACCGGAUCCAAACCUCCAGUGUGGGUUAAUGAACUUCAGGACUAGAUGUGAAGAAGUCUAAAGCUGUGAGGUUUGAACCUGAGGAUAUUAGUUUAGUUUAAUGAUUGAACUAAUCAUCAGCAUAGACAUGCUCUAAUGGGUUCUGAACCUCCUGCCUUAGUGUGUGUUACACAGACCUCCAGAUAAACCUGUUUGCCUGAGGAGGUCUACGUUAUGGAAAAACAAUCAACCCCAGUAUAUCCCGUGUUUCAACGUAUUUUACUGUUAUUCAUGUCAAUGUGACUAGCUGGGGUGUGAGUGGAUGGAUGUGUGUGUAUGUUAGUUUGUGGGUGUUUAUUGUGUGUGUGUGUGUGUGUCUCUCUCUGUGUGAGAGAGACCCUCUUGAGCAAUGUGAUCAUUCAAAUCAUAGAAGUGAGAUGGGACAGAUUUGGUCACAACCCAACCCAAACCAGAUGUGUUUGAGGUGGACAUUCUCCCGUAUGGUUUCACUUUACUAAGUACCACCACUGAUUGCUAUUCUGUACUUGCCAAGCUUGGCCUGGAGGGGAUAGGUGUGUGUGUUUGGUGCUUUGAGGUUCAUUUUGGAUUAGAGUGAAUCUCCUAUGGUGUUCUCUUCCUGUCUCUUAAUACCAAACAGAAGAUCAUAGAGCCUAAUUUAUAUUUACAGUGAUGUGAAAACAGUACAUCUCAUUCUCCCUCAGCCACCCAACUACUUAUGACUGCUUUUUUCUGUUGAUACUACAAUACAUGUUUUUAAUGUGUCUGUGUGUGUGUGUGUCCUCCCAGCCAUGUAGAGCAUAUGAACAGUUCAUGAUAGAUGUAGCCAAGCUGAUCCGUACCGACCGCAGCCUGGUGGUCAACGAGACCCAGAUCAGAGAGGAGGUCACCAGGGUUAUUGAGCUGGAGAAGGAGAUUGCCAACGUAAGUUCAACACUUCUACUCUAGGAACACCUGCUUUACUAGUGAUCUGCUUUAGUUUAGUAACAAAUUACUGGAAAGAUGAGUGAAAGAUAGUGAUCAUAUAGAUGUUUAUGAAGCCAGACUUCAGCCCUUACCACCUCUCCAUCACUGUGUUUAUGAAGCCAGACUUCAGCCCUUACCACCUCUCCAUCACUGUGUUUAUGAAGCCAGACUUCAGCCCUUACCACCUCUCCAUCACUGUGUUUAUGAAGCCAGACUUCAGCCCUUACCACCUCUCCAUCACUGUGUUUAUGAAGCCAGACUUCAGCCCUUACCACCUCUCCAUCACUGUGUUUAUGAAGCCAGACUUCAGCCCUUACCACCUCUCCAUCACUGUGUUUAUGAAGCCAGACUUCAGCCCUUACCACCUCUCCAUCACUGUGUUUAUGAAGCCAGACUUCAGCCCUUACCACCUCUCCAUCACUGUGUUUAUGAAGCCAGACUUCAGCCCUUACCACCUCUCCAUCACUGUGUUUAUGAAGCCAGACUUCAGCCCUUACCACCUCUCCAUCACUGUGUUUAUGAAGCCAGACUUCAGCCCUUACCACCUCUCCAUCACUGUGUUUAUGAAGCCAGACUUCAGCCCUUACCACCUCUCCAUCACUGUGUUUAUGAAGCCAGACUUCAGCCCUUACCACCUCUCCAUCACUGUGUUUAUGAAGCCAGACUUCAGCCCUUACCACCUCUCCAUCACUGUGUUGCUCUGGUUCUUACCAGUUGGUGUGUUAACCAAGCGGCGCUGGUUCUUACCAGUUGGUGUGUUAACCAAUCGGCGCUGGUUCCUACCAGUUGGUGUGUUAACCAAGCGGCGCUGGUUCCUACCAGUUGGUGUGUUAACCAAGCCCUGAGCCCAUGCGCUCUUUCUAAACAGAUUUGUAACAGGUCAAUAGGUCCCAUUGCUCAGUGCUACAACUGCUGCCUUUUACAAUACACCCAGGCUGUUCUGGUACUGAAAUGUACAGUCUUAGGACCCCUGGGCCUCCAAAAAGACUGUUUGUUGCUGUUGGAGGUGUGCCUGGACAUACACUGCAGUGUGUGUGUGUGUGUGUGUGUGUUUAUUGACAGACAGGCAUUUAUGAUGUGGCCAGCAGUGCCUGUUUUUGACUAUUGUGCUCAGUGACAGCCAGAGGGCAGAUCGUCAAACAAAACGUAUAGAAAUGAUAUACAAAGUUAUCAUUAUUUGAUAUACAUACAGUUAUAUCAAAUAAAUAUACAUACAGUUAUACCCCCCCCCCCCCCCCCCCCCCCCCCCCCCUCCAGGCCACUGAUACUCCAGAGGACCGUAACAACCCAGUUCUCCUCUACAACAACAUGGAGCUGGGUGUUCUCAAUGCUAACUUCAGCCUGGAGGUGGACACAAAAGUAAGCGACUCUGUGUGUGUGUGCAUGCUGUGCGUGUGUUGUCUGCUCUGUUAACUAUGUCUGAUGAUAAACCCCUCCUCUCAGGUUUUUGACUGGAGUUACUUCACCAGGAAGAUCAUGGGGACGGUCGGCGUCACUGUGCCUGACACAGAGCGUGUCAUCAACUACGCACCUAACUACUACAGACGACUCCAACCCUGUCCUAGCCAAGUACACUAAGAGGUGAGAACAUUGACUCCACCCUGUCCUAGCCAAGUACACUAAGAGGUGAGAACAUUGACUCCACCCUGUCCUAGCCAAGUACACUGAGAGGUGAGAACAUUGACUCCACCCUGUCCUAGCCAAGUACACUGAGAGGUGAGAACAUUGACUCCACCCUGUCCUAGCCAAGUACACUGAGAGGUGAGAACAUUGACUCCACCCUGUCCUAGCCAAGUACACUGAGAGGUGAGAACAUUGACUCCACCCUGUCCUAGCCAAGUACACUGAGAGGUGAGAACAUUGAGAAAAGCACAGAAUUAUAAUGUGAUGAUAAGCAUCAGUUAAACAAACGUUCUAAUCUAGUACAUUGUAGAUCAACUAUAGUUGCUGGUGUAGUACUUCCUUGUUGUUGUUUCCAGAGACCUGCAGAACUACAUGGUGUGGCGUUUUGUCAUGAACAUGGUGGUGGGUCUGAGCAGGCAGUACAGGGACACCAGGAAAGCCUUCCGGAAGGUACACACACUAUCUACUCCUCCUUUCAUUCUCCCUCCCUCCUCUCUACUCAACCCUUUCUUCCUACAUCUCACUAUCACUCUGGUGUGUGAUGUCAUCAGUGUGAGCCAUGCUGCGUUGCCCCCCCCCCCUUGCAGGCGCUGUACGGUACCACGUCGGAGGCUGCGGUGUGGCGGCAGUGUGCCAUUUAUGUCAACAACAAUAUGGACAACGCUGUGGGAAGACUGUACGUAGAGGAGGCCUUCUCUGGGGAGAGCAAAGAACUGGUGAGGUUAACAAGGGGGUGGGGGGAGAGUGUGUGUGUGUGACACUGCGGAGUGUGUUUGUGUGUACCCCAGCCUUAUGUGUUUACUUAUGCUACAGCAGCAGUGGCGUAGUGUCUCCUAACUGCCUGGAGCCACUGGCCACUGUAACCCCUGGCCACUGUAACCCCUGGCGCCACUGGCCACUGUAACCCCUGGCGCCACUGGCCACUGUAACCCCUGGCGGCCACUGGAGCCACUGGCGCCACUGGCCACUGUAGCCCCUGGCGCCACUGGCCACUGUAACCCCUGGAGCCACUGGCCACUGUAACCCCUGGAGCCACUGGCCACUGUAACCCCUGGAGCCACUGGCCACUAUAACCCCUGGAGCCACUGGCCACUGUAACCCCUUGAGCCACUGGCCACUGUAACCCCUGGCGCCACUGUCCACUGUAACCCCUGGAACCACUGUAACCCCUGGCGCCACUGGCCACUGUAACCCUGGCGCCACUGGCCACUGUAACCCCUGGCGCCACUGGCCACUGUAACCCCUGGCGCCACUGGCCACUAACCCCUGGAGCCACUGGCCACUAACCCCUGGCGCCACUGGCCACUGUGGCCACUGGAGCCACUGGCGCCACUGGCCACUGUAACCCCUGGAGCCACUGUAACCCCUGGCGCCACUGGCCACUAACCCCUGGAGCCACUGGCCACUGUAACCCCUGGCGCCACUGGCCACUGGAGCCACUGGCCACUGUAACCCCUGGCGCCACUGGCCACUGUAACCCCUGGAGCCACUGUAACCCCUGGAGCCACUAACCCCUGGAGCCACUGGCCACUGUAACCCCUGGAGCCACUGUAACCCCUGGAGCCACUGGCCACUGUAACCCCUGGAGCCACUGUAACCCCUGGAGCCACUGGCCACUGUAACCCCUGGAGCCACUGUAACCCCUGGAGCCACUGUAACCCCUGGAGCCACUGGCCACUGUAACCCCUGGCGCCACUGGCCACUGUAACCCCUGGCGCCACUGGCCACUGUAACCCCUGGAGCCACUGGCCACUGUAACCCCUGGCGCCACUGUAACCCCUGGAGCCACUGGCCACUGUAACCCCUGGCGCCACUGGCCACUGUAACCCCUGGCGCCACUGGCCACUGUAACCCCUGGCGCCACUGGCCACUGUAACCCCUGAAGCUCCUUUCACACCCUCAUCUCCACCACAUGUCGCAGGAGUGUGUGUGUGUGUGUUUAAAUACGACUGUGUGUACAGGUGUCUGAUUGCAUGGCUACCCUUUGUUAAAUGUGUGCCUCACUGCAUAUUUCCCCUCUUGUGAGUCUUAACUGUCCGAAUGAACCGCAGCAUGCAGAGGCAGCAUGCACUGUGUGUGUGUGUGCGUAAGCCUGUUCAGAUGACCUGUUGGCUGACACAAUAGGGUCUCGUACCAUUGAGCUUACGCUCACACAAAUCAUAAUCCAAACACACAUAUUUGCUAUCAAACGUUCAGUCAGGCCCCUCAUACGUACCCAGCUAUUUUAAACUCAUGAUGACAAUCAUAACAUUUCAAUGCUCACUCUAAAGCAUUUAUUUCCUUAACAUUCUCCUGAGUGCCGCAUUGGUCUAAGGCACUGCAUCUCAGUGCUUGAGGCGUCACUACAGACCCCCUGGUUCGAUUCCAGGCUGUAUCACAACCAGCCGUGAUUGUGAGUCCCAUAGGGCGGCGCGCAAUUGACCCAGCGUCGUCAUUGUAAAUAAGAAUUUGUUCUUAACUGACUUGCCUAGUUAAAUAAAGAUAAAAUAUAAAAAAUAAAAAUUCUGAAAGGAGACGUCUAUCACAUUCUGUUUCAGAGGAACCUGGUCUGAGAUCCACAAUAGUGAAAUUAUCAGUAUAUGCUGAUCUGUGUGUGUGUGUGUUAGAUGGAAGAGAUGAUCUCUGUGAUCCGGGAGGUGUUCAUCAGUAACUUAGACCACCUAAGAUGGAUGGAUGUAGAGACCAAGAAGGCUGCUGAGGAGAAGGUGAGACUCACCUGCCAUUGAUUUCUACCCGUUGACCUCCGGCUGAACGUUUUACCGGUCUCUGUUUUACCGGUCUCUGUUAAAACCAUUACAAGUGUCGCUAUCACCCUCAAACUGUCCAAUCCUCAAUAGGCACAAGCUAUCCGAGAGCGGAUUGGUUACUCCGACAACAUCAAAAAUGACACCUACCUGAACAACGAGUAUAAAAAUGUGAGUGUUGAAAGAUCAAUAUUAUGCAUUUCAUCAGUGGACGUGAUACAGUGGAUACAGGGUUCAAACUAUUUUAUCUGCCAUUGACACCAAUGCAAUGUGUGUGUGUGGGGGUGCUAGUUGAGCUACAAUGCAGAGGAGUACUUUGAGAACAUCCUUCAGAACCUGGAGUAUGUACAGAAGAAACGUCUGAGGAAGCUACGGGUCAAAGUCAACAAAGAAGAGUAAGAUCCUCCCUUUCCAAAACCCAUUGUCAGCGCUGGCUAAAAUAGCAGCCACAGCACUAAGAUUAGAGUAGUUAUUAACUUCAGAUGAAUUAUGAACUCUUUCAUUAAUUAUUAAUGUGAAACAUUUUCCUGUCUCAUCCUCAGAUGGGUAACAGGAGCAGCCAUUGUCAAUGCCUUCUACUCUUCAAGCAAAAACCAAAUAGGUAACAGACACACCUCCAAUAACCUCUACUGUAACUCCAAUAACCUCUACUGUUACCUCCCAUCACUUCUACUGUUACCUCCCAUCACCUCCCGUCACCUCCAGUCACCUCUACUAUCACCACUACUGUCAUCCCCCGUCACCUCUACCGUCACCUCCCAUCACCUCUACCGUUACCUCCCAUCACCUCUACUGUUACCUCCCAUCACCUCUACCGUCACCUCCCAUCACCUCUACUGUCACCCCCCAUCACCUCUACUGUCACCUCCCAUCACCUCUACUGUUACCUCCCAUCACCUCUACCGUCACCUCCCAUCACCUCUACUGUUACCUCCCAUCACCUCUACUGUUACCCCCCAUCACCUCUACUGUACCUCCAUCACCUAUGUCACCCCAUCCUACUGUACUCCCAUCACCUCUACUGUUACCUCCCAUCACCUCUACUGUCACCUCCCAUCACCUCUACUGUUACCUCCCAUCACCUCUACUGUUACCUUCCAUCACUCUACUGUCACCCCCAUCACCUCUACUGUCACCUCCCAUCACCUCUACUGUCACCUCCCAUCACCUCUACUGUUACCUCCCAUCACCUCUACUGUUACCUCCCGUCACCUCUACUGUCACCUCCCGUCACCUACUGUCACCUCUACUGUUACCUCCCAUCACCUCUACUGUCACUCCCUCACUCUACCGUCACCUCCCAUCACCUAGUUAUCUCUACUGUCACCCCCAGUCUCACCUCUACUGUCACCGUCACCUACGUCACCUACUGUUCAUCUCUACUGUCACCCGUCACCUCUACUGUUUACCUCCCAUCACCUCUACUGUCACCCCUCAUUCCGUCACUCACUCACCUUCAUCACCUCUGUCAUCUCCCGUCACUUCUACUGUCACCUCCCGAUACCUCUACCGUCAUCUCUACUGUCACUUCCCGUCAUCUCUACCGUCACCUCCACGUCACCUCACACCUCUCUUCACUCCCGUCACCUCUAUCUCCUUACUGUCAUUGUCUACCCCGUCACCUCUACUGUCACCUCACUCUACGUCACCUUCCGUCACCUCUCUCACUCUGUCACCUCCGUCACCUCUACUGUCACCUCCGUCUCACCUCUCACUGUCACCUCGCGUCACUCUACUGUCACUCUACGUCACCUCUACUGUCACCUCGCGUCAUCUCUACUGUCACCUCCCGUCAUCUCUACUGUCACUUCCCUUCACCUCUACCAUCACCUCUACUGUCACCUCGCGUCACCUCUACUGUCAUGUCCCGUCACCUCUAUUGUCUUCUCUCGUCACCUCUACUGUCACCUCGUCACUCUACUGUCACCUCCUCACUCUACUGUCACCUUGCAUCACAUACUCACUUGUCACCUCCGUCACCUCUACGUCUCCCGUCACCUCUACUGUCUUCCUCACCUCUACUGUCACUCUACUUUACCGCAUCACUCUACUGUCACUUGUCUCCCGUCACCUCUACUGUCUUCUCCCGUCACCUCUACUGUCUUCUCCCGUCACCUCUACUGUCUUCUCCCGUCACCUCUACUGUCUUCUCCCGUCACCUCUACUGUCUUCUCCCGUCACCUCUACUGUCUUCUCCCGUCACCUCUACUGUCUUCUCCCGUCACCUCUACUGUCUUCUCCCGUCACCUCUACUGUCACCUCCCGUCACCUCUACUGUCUUCUCCCGUCACCUCUACUGUCUUCUCCCGUCACCUCUACUGUCACCUCGCGUCAUCUCUACUGUCACUUCCCGUCACCUCUACUGUCACUACCCGUCACCUCUACUGUCACUUCCUGUCACCUCUACUGUCACCUCCCGUCACCUCUACUGUCACCUCCCGUCACCUCUACUGUCACCUCCCAUCAUCUCUACGUCACCUCCCGUCACCUCUACUGUCACCUCCCGUCAUCUCUACUGUCACCUCCCGUUUCGUCUACUGUCACGUCACGUCUACUGUCACCUAACGUCACCUCCCGUCACCUCUACUGUCAUCUCCCAUCGUGUCCCGUCACCUCUACUGUCACCGCCCAUCACCUCUACUGUCACUUCUGUCACCUCGCGUCACAUCUGUCACCUUGCGUCACAUCUGUCACCUUGCGUCACAUCUGUCACUUCCCAUCACCUCUACUGUCACUUCCCGUCACCUCUACUGUCACCUCCCAUCACCUCUCCCGUCACGUCUACUGUCACCUCCUGUCACCUCGCGUCACCGCUACUGUCACAACCGUCACCUCCCGUCAUCUCUACUGUCACCUCCCGUCACCUCUACUGUCACCUCCCGUCACCUCUGAUAUAUGAUGUGAGAUCCUUUCUUUUUCUCUCGCCUCCUCCUCCUCCUAUCCUCUCAGUGUUUCCAGCAGGCAUCCUACAGCCUCCGUUCUUCGGUAAGGGCCAGACCAAGUCUCUGAACUUUGGCGGUAUCGGCAUGGUGAUCGGACAUGAGAUCACUCACGGGUUUGAUGACAACGGUAAGAGGCUGUGCACAUAGAAUUCGCUUUAUUAGAAUGGACAGUCCAAUUCAAAGUGUUGUUUCAUGACAUGUGGACUAGCUGGUCAGCUGUCCUAAGCAGAAAUGGUUUGUUUGGUUGCCAGGUCGUAACUAUGAUAAAGAUGGUGACCUGAAGGACUGGUGGACGCCAAGCUCCACCCAGAACUUUGUGGAGCUGUCUAAGUGCAUGGUGGACCAGUAUGGAAACUUCUCCUGGGACCUGGCCAACGGACUGAAUGUAUGCUCUCCUCUCCUCUCCUCUCCUCCUUUGCAUCUGUUUUCUCUCUUCUUCUUCUCUCCUCCUCCAGGAAACACACACUCGGUUCACAUUUCUACCCCUCUUUUGUCUAAUCACGUCUGCUCAUUUCCUGUCCUCCCUUGACUUGUUGCCGUGAACAAUAGUAUUUUUCAUCAUCUGAGAAAAUGUUGCCAGCAGUGUGAAAUCUGAUAUGGAAUGGUAAAUAAUGUAUUGUGUCAUUUUGGAGUAAUUUGUAUUGUAAAGAAGAAUAUAAUAUAUUUAAUGUGGAUGCUACCGUGAUUACUGAUUAAUCCUGAAUGAAUCGUGAAUAAUGAUGAGUGAGAAAGUUAGACACACAAAUAUCAUACCCCCCCAAAAUGCUAAGCUCCCAAGUUAUUGUAAUAGUGAGAGGUUAGCAUGUCCUGGGCGUCUAACUUUUUUCCCUCAUCAUUAUUCACGAUUCAUUCAGGAUUAUCAGUAAUCACGGUAGCAUCCACAUUAAUAUAGAAGUGUUUCGAAACACAUUGUAUUCUUAUUUACAAUAAAAUAUUACUCCAAAAUGACACGGUACAUUAUUUACCAUUCAUUUCUACUGGGCACAAAAUAAUCUGAAACACAACCGAAACAAACAGAAAAUGCAUCCAACGAAUGUGUAGCGUCACAAGCUUGAUGUGGUCAUUGCGUGCUAUGAAUAUGUGACCAAACACUAAACUUUGGACUACUUUAAUACACAUAUAAGGGAAUUAGUCCCAAUACUUUUGCUCCCCUAAAAUGGAGGGACUAUGUACAAAAAGUGUUGUAAUUUCUAAACGGUUCACCCGAUAUCGAUGGAAAUGGCCUCAAAUUAAAGCAGACAGUCUGCACGUCUACCUCAUAGGCAUUGUAUCAUUUCAAAUCCAAAGUGCUGGAGUACAGAGCCAAAACAACAAAACAAAUGUCACCGUCCCAAUACUUUUGGAGCUCACUGUAGAUCAAUACAGCCUGUAUUGAUCUGUGUAUUUCUUUUCUGUAAGCAGCUCAACGGGAAUAACACUCUGGGAGAGAACAUUGCAGACAACGGUGGGAUCCGCCAGUCAUACCAGGUAGGGAUGCACACUGCGGAAAGACACAGACUUUACAGCAAAAAAACACGCACACACAAUCUGAAGACGAGUCCUUUACCCCAGGCGAAAAAUCGAUUCCAGUAACCUGUUGUUAGACCAUGUUUUUCUCAAUUUUUCCCUCGCAUGUACAUUGUUUUAGCAUUUGAGGAUUAGCUAUAAAUCUGAGUGACCUGUUGUGAGAUUAAAUGAGAUCGGCUGGACUUGUGGGUAAUUGCCAUGUCCUCCUGCCAGCUCUCUGAUUGGACCAUUAGACAUGCUCCCGGAGCAUGGUGUGAGUGUUGAGCGACGUGAUUGGCCAACCGGGUGUCUCAGGUUAGUGUCCAGAGGGAUGAAGGACACUUCAGUUUACUUUAAUCAUUUUCUAAGAAAGUGGGAGAGUCUGAGAUGUAUGUACUCAUCUGAUGUGGUUGGCGUUAAAUAAAGUAUCUAUCUGUAUUCCCAGUCAUGUGAAAUCCAUAGAUUAGGGCCAAAUGAAUUUCCCCAUGAGGCCAAUGGUGACUUCAAAACAGUUAGAGUUUAAUGGCUGUAAUAGGAGAACAUUGAGGAUGGAUCAACAUUGUAGUUACUCCACAAUACUAACCUGAAAGAGUGAAACAGAAGGAAGCCUGUACAGAAUAAAAAUAUUCCAAAACAUGCAUCCUGUUUGCAGCAAGGCACUAAAGUAAUAACAUGACUCCAGACUCCACACAGACACAGCGUGUACACAUGCUGCAGGUAGAGCAGUACUGUUCUACCUUCAGACAAGCAUGCUUCAAAACUUUGUUCAUUUGCACAAUGUCUCUCGUUCAAACUCACGGAAAAUGACAUUCGGUGUCUCCUAGCAAUACAUUAAUAACUUUAUGAGCUUGAUUGCCUGUCUUUGCAAUUUGUUUAUUUUUGUUUGCGCUUGUUAGCAUAUUUAGCUAUUACUUGUGCUAAUUAUGUUAGCAUAAUGAUAGUAGACGCCCAAUGGGCUGUUUUGCGUUUUAAGCCGGUAAAACCGUAAAUCCCGGGAUGAGAACAGGAUGGUAUGAGGAUAUGAAUAUCUGGAUACCGCCCAACCCUACCUAUAACACAAGGCCAAAUAUACACAAGUUCCUUACCAAGAUGACACUGAAUGUUCUUGAGUGGCAUAGUUACAGUUUUGACUUAAAUCGGUGUGAAAAUCUAUGGCAAGACUUGAAAAUGGCUGUCUAGCAAUGAUCAACAACCAACUUGAGAGCUUGACGAAUUUUUUUAAUAAUAAUGUGCAAAUAUUGUACAAUCCAGGUAUGGAAAGCUUUUAGUGACUUACCCAGAAAGACUCACAGAUGUAAUCGCUGCCAAAGGUGAUUCUAACAUGUAUUGACUCGGGGGUGAAUACUUAUUUCAUCAAGAUGUAUUAGUGUUUUAUUUUUCAUACUUUUUUUGUUAGAAUUUGUCUUCCACUUUGACAUUACAGGGUAUUUUGUGUAGAUUGUUGACAAAAAAUGACAAUUUUUAUCCACUUUGCAACACAACAAAAUGUGGAAAAAGUUGAAGGGUGUGAAGGUUAACUCUUAUGUAGUCAGAUUAAAGUGGUGUUGUAAUGAUUUCAGGCCAGAGAGGAUUAAAGUGGUGUUGUAAUGAUUUCAGGCCAGAGAGGAUUAAAGUGGUGUUGUAAUGAUUUCAGGCCAGAGAGGAUUAAAGUGGUGUUGUAAUGAUUUCAGGCCAGAGAGGAUUAAAGUGGUGUCGUAAUGAUUUCAGGCCAGAGAGGAUUGAAGUGGUGUUGUAAUGAUUUCAGGCCAGAGAGGAUUAACGUGGUGUUGUAAUGAUUUCAGGCCAGAGAGGAUUAAAGUGGUGUUUUAAUGAUUUCAGGCCUACCAGAACUAUGUGGAGAAGAAUGGGAAUGAGCCUCUCCUGCCUGGAAUAAACCUCAACCAUCAACAACUCUUCUUUCUCAACUUCGCCCAGGUCAGACUGGAUGGAUGGAUAAGUGGAUGGAUAAGUGGAUGGAUGGAUAAGUGGAUGGAUGGAUAAGUGGAUGGAUGGAUAAGUGGAUGGAUGGAUGGAUAAGUGGAUGGAUGGAUGGAUAAGUGGAUGGAUGGAUGGAUAAGUGGAUGGAUGGAUGGAUGGAUGGAUGGAUGGAUGGAUGGAUGGAUAAGUGGAUGGAUGGAUGGAUAAGUGGAUGGAUGGAUGGAUAAGUGGAUGGAUGGAUGGUUAAGUGGAUGGAUGUCACACCCUAUCUCACUCCCGUCUCUUCCUCCAGGUGUGGUGUGGAACACAUCGACCAGAACAAGCUGUCAACUCCAUCAAAGUAGAUGUACACAGUCCAGGGAAGUUCAGGUACCGUCUCUCAUGCCGUCUCUCAUGCCGUCUCUCAUGCCAUCUCUCAUACCAUCUCUCAUGCCAUCCUCUCCUGUAUCACUCAAUGCCACUUCCUCUUCCACUCAAUGCCACUUCCUCUUCCACUCACCCCAUCUCUGUCCAUCUCAACUCAAUGCCACUUCCUCUUUUACUCACACCAUCUCUGUCCAUAUGAACUAUUUGUGGCCCUCAGUGUCUCUGGUUUAGACCUGGGACACCAAGUGUGGGGAUUGCCAAGUAAUUCUGGCCAGUGAUGACCGUUUCCUGUUUCCUGUCCAGGGUCCUGGGGUCCCUCCAAAACUUCCCUGAGUUUGCCAAGGCCUUCAACUGUCCCAAGAACAGCUACAUGUUGCCUGAGAAGACCUGCCAAGUCUGGUGAUACUGUAGUCCUGACGCUCGCCUGCCCUGAGGUCACUUUUCCCCCCGACUGUUACAGCACUAGUCUGGGACAGGGGUAUGGUCGAUGUCCCCCAGUUCACUGCAGGGUAGGACCAGGACUGCUACACUGACCGUACAGAACAACCAGCUUCAUUCAAGGGACUACAGAGUGCUCUUCACAGCCAGCUCCCAGACUCUUCACCCAAUCAGCCAAGUCACUGCUUUCACUGGAUACAGUCACGGCAAUUCACAAUCUUUUUUUUUUUGUGUUUGUUAAAUGUACUUUUCAAUUAUACUUUUUUCCCUCUGCAUUUCACUUAUGAUUCAUUAUUUUGUUUGUAUACAAAAUGUGAGACUAAUUUGAGCAUCUUGAAUCACAGGAAAAUAUCCACUUAUUCUAAACUGUCUCUGUAAGUCCAAAAAUGCUAUUUGUUUCACUCUAUGAAGUGGGCCUCAAUAUUAACCAGAAUGUAUACUGUAUAUCAAUACGUUCUAGAUGAAUAUACAUUGACAGUAAUCAGUACAGUCACACUAGCGGGAUUCUAUUUUAUUGUAUAUUUAAGAAAAUCACAUUUGAUUUGACUGAAAAAAUAUAUAUAUAUAUAUCAAUGAGUAUAAUAAGAAUUGCAUAAAUGUUGUUCUGUAUAUGUUAAAUGUUUCAAAAUGGGUGCCAACUAUUUAUGUCUACAAGCAUAAAACCAAAAUGAAGUUGUUGCCUUGCAAUCAGUUGGGUGACCUAGCUGGUCAGGAAUUGACAUACACCAAACAUAUUCAUAUUUUUAUUUUACAGUAAGAAUGUGACCUCUAUUCAAACUGCUCUGUGUCCAACAG